AUGGCGGGCGCGGCCGUGCUGCGCGUGCGGCGGAAGCGCGGCGGCCCCGAGCCGGCCGAGGCGCUGCUCCUGGCCUGCAAGCGGCGCCGGGCCGAGCCCGUGGAGACCGACCUCUUCAAGCUGGUGGCCACCGUGUCCUCCAAGAACGAACCAGUUCAGAAGUAUGUUAAAGAUGCCAUCACACGAGACAAGGCAGCUCAAAGCCUGCGCCCCUCUCUGGGAAGCACUCAGCGAAUCCUGCAGGAGCUGCGUUGUGCCAAGCAGGCGAGAAGGAAGGAGAACCGGUACCGAGUGAUUUCCAGCCACCGGCCCCACUGCGCUGACACGGCUGCACCUGCCCCGAACGGCGAGGCUGCUCCCCAUGGGCACAGCUCUGCAGCACGGCAGGAUGCUUCACCGGAGGAGAGUGGUGCUGUCGAUAAGAGUUCAGACUGCUGUGGGAAAUUCCAGCUGUUCGAUAUUGUACAAGAAGAGGAGAUGGCGGGAGAUUCCAGUGUAACCACUGCAAACCCACAGCAGAAUGAUCCAGAUACAAUUCUUUGCAAUGCAGUAGAGAUGAUCCGUGAGCGUUUAAAUGUUUCUGAAGAUGAUAAAAAAGAACGCAGUGACAAAGAAGAUGAGUAUGUUUAUGACAUCUACUAUAAGGAAACAUCAGCCCCUGAUUGGAUUGAAAAUAUCCUUUCCGUACAGCCCUAUAGAGAAGAAUAUGAAUGGGUAAAUGAUGAUCUGGGUCCAGAGGAAGUAUAUGAAGAUGACGAUGAUGAAAAUGAUGAAAAUAACUGGCGUAAUGAUUAUCCUGAAGAAGAUGAAUUCUUACCUGAGGAAGAGGGAGAAAAAGACUCUGAAGAGAGCUUCAGUGACGAGGACCAAUGUUACAGGAGAAGGACGUGGGACAAAUAUCGACAGGAGGUCUUGCAGGAAUUUGGAUACGAUGAGAUUGAAGAUUUGGGUUCUGACUAACAGCCUGGUUUUGGAGACGAAAUGCAUACAGAAGGUGAACAUGUGCUGCUGUAGGAGAAUAUACUAUCUGAGCAGCCAACUUCAGCUGGUGGAUAUUAAACAGAUGGGUGUGACUACGGCCACUUCAGAACACAUAUUUUUCCAAGCACAAGAUGCUCUAUGCUUUAAGAUAGGUUUUUCCACCCAUUGCGAGUGUUGAGGUUUUGAAGGGACCUUUUAUUUUGUUUUCCCUAAGCUGCAUGCCCAAGAGUUUGUACCUGUAGCAAGUGUACAGAUAUGGAGGUACUGUUGGCAGCAGCCCUUCUGGUCAUGUCAAAUAUGUCAGGUUUCACAAUAAGAUUGAUGUGUCUGCCCCGCUGGCAAGUGGGAGUCCUGGAAAAAGGCACCCUGUCCUACUGCUUUCUACUUCAUUUGUUCCUAAGUGUCAAGUGACUUUCUUCACAGGUGUUGAGCAUAUGAAAUGCCUUGACCAGUCCCUUACUCUCCCCAGUAGUUUUACUGUUGGAGUUGAACAAUAUGCAUUUAAAUUGUAAAUAAAAUUAU